UACAGCGAAAACAGGCUUGAGGAGUGGAAGAUGGCACUCCACACCGCCUCAUUUUUAUAAGGGCGAAAGCGUCACUAAUAAUGAAGACGAAAAAAGGGUGUUGAAGAAUAUUGUGAAUCGCGCAUUGAAAGUAAUGAAAAUAGUACCACUGGAAGUAGCAAAACAUCCCGUGGGCCUUCGGGAAGCUGUAGUGGAUUUUGAAAAGACAAUUAGUGCAUCUGCAAAAAUUCAUCCUAAUGUUCAAAUUGUUGGAAUUUGGGGUAUGGGUGGAUCUGGAAAAACCACUUUAGCAAAAGAGUUAUAUAAUCAUAAAUAUUCAGCUGUAGAAAAAUCCAGUUUUCUUUUUGAUAUUAGAGAUGCUGCAAGCAGAAGCAAGUUACAUAGAAAACAAAUUCAACUCCUCCAAGAUUUUGGUUUUAAAUUCAAUGAUAAACCAUUUGACAAUAUAGAGCAAGGCAAAAGGAUUCUUUCUAAUCAUUUCAGAUCUCUUCGUGUACUCAUCGUUUUGGAUGAUGUAGACCAUUCAGAUCAACUGGAGGCUUUACUCCCUGCAAAAGAUAUCCUUGGGUGGGGGAGCUUGAUCAUUAUUACAACACGGGAAAAGGAAGUCCUUACACGUUCGGGUAUUUCCUCUAUUUAUAAAAUGAAAACACUUAAUUUGAUUCAUGCCAAGAAGCUUUUUUGUUGGCAUGCAUUCUUACAACCUUUUCCAAUGUUGGGAUUUGAGGAUUUGUUGAAAAAUUUGUGUGUUAGCAAUGGGUUGCCUUUAUCUUUAAAGGUACUUGGAGGUCAGCUUUAUGGUUGCUUAUGUAAAGAUUUAUGGGAGGAUGUAUUGCAUAAAAUCUCUAAAAUGCUGCCCGAUGAUAUUAUAAAUAGACUGAGAGUGAGCUAUGAUGCUUUAGAUAGAGAAGAGAAACAGAUGUUCCUAGAUGUAGCUUGUUUCUUCAUUGGCCAAGACAAGUUGACUGCCAUUGCAGUAUGGGAGGGAUCAGGCUGGAGUGGUCUAUAUGGUUGGGAAAGGCUUAUAAAUAAGUGUCUUGUUGAGUUCCACGACAACAAUGGUAUAAGGAUGCAUGACCAUCUAAGGGAUUUAGGAAGGCUGAUUGCAAAAGCUCAGUUACCCUGCUGUCUAUGGUCUCUGGAUCAAAUUGCAGGCAUUCCAAAACAAGCAGAGAUUAGAGGAAUGAUACUGAAUACAGCAACUAAUGACGGUCACAAUUUUCCUCGUUUACUGUUGAAUACAAGGAUAUUGCUUUGUGGCCUCAAAAGAAGUAGAAGACCUUUUUCUCAUGGAUUAAAAGUGCUUGUGCUAGGAGAAAACCGUGGUAACAAUUUACAUAUUGCCAAGUUAUCAAGAGAGUUGGCAUGGCUUAGCUGUACUGGAAUUGCUCAUAGAAAUCUUCCAUCAUGGAUGCCAUUUCAAAAUUUAAGAGUUUUAGAACUUUAUAACUCUCAGAUGAUAGUAGGCUUGUGGAAAGAUGAGGAUGAAGCUCCGUUGCAGUUACAAGUGUUGAUUAUUUCUGGUUGUCCCAAUUUAGCAAUAAUUCCAAAGUCUAUAGGAUUUCUCCAGAAAUUAAAAAAAAUGUCCUUGUAUUACUGUAAUGUGGAGAGUCUGCCGGAUGAAUUUUGUUGUCUUCAAAAUCUGGAGUACCUGAUGUUACAAAGCUGUAAAAUGUUAUCAUUAUUGCCCAAUUGUUUUGGCGGUUUGACAAAACUACGACAUCUAAAUCUGAGUUUCUGUGAUCAAUUGAAAUUAUUGCCAAAUUCUUUUAAGCAGCUGACGCUCCUGCAAAAUCUCAAUUUAGAGAGGUGCCAUAUGCUCUCUUUACAGUUAGAUAUCCUAGAAAACAUGAAGAAUCUCCAAUAUGUGAAUCUUGGUUGGUGCGAGCAAGUGGAAGAGUUGCCUCGUCACAUCACAAAUCAGGCCUGCUUGAGUGAGCUCUAUGCAGAGAGGACUAGGUUAAGGGAGCUGCCGAUCAACAUCGGUGAACUCAGCAAGUUGAGAGUGAUGACGAUAGGCUCAUGUCAAGGGUGUUUCCAGAUGCAAUCUUUACCAGACUCUAUAGGGAGUCUCAAUCUUUUAGAGAUAUUAGAAUUAGAGAAUUUACAAGUGGAAUCUUUACCAAAAUCAUUGAGGCAUUUGAUUAAUCUUCAAAAACUUAGAAUAACCAAUUGCCCCAUCAGUGAAUUGGAUUUUGGGUGCGGCCCAUUUACUUCUUGGUUGAGUAAUCUCAACGAAAUACAUUUGGAGAGAACAAAAGUGUCCAAGAUUUCAAUUUCUGAAGACUGUUCUUGUGGCCUUAAAACUCUCAUACUUCGGUAUAAUGAUUAUUUAGUGGAGGUAGACACUCUCCCAACAACAGUGGAGUAUAUACAUGUCGACUGGUGUAAAUUGCUGAGGAACAUAAGUGGUAUCGGUGGCAUGCUAAAGCUUCGACGGCUGAAGCUAUGGGACUGUCAAGAGUUGUACACGCUUCCAAGUUUUGAUAGAUUAGCUUCUCUAGAAGUAUUUGAACUGGCAGGCAUCCACAAGGUUGAUAACAUACAAGGUUUACAGUACUGCACAUCACUGGAGGAGCUUAAUAUAGAUUGCAAAUGUUGGGAGAUUACGGGCAUGGAACGUUGGGAGCAUAUGCAAAGAUUGAAAAGGCUGCAACUUGUAGCCAAGUUGAGAUCAGCUGUUGAGCCUUGCAUACAGAGGAUUCAGAAAUGGCCAGAAGAAACAAUAAUAUGUGCAAAGGCAGUCGCUGGUGCUGAACCACUUUUAAAUUCUUCCCGCUUUCCAAAUCUCUCUGUCCUGCAUUCGUCCAGUAAGAAGAAAAUUAGCUCUUGCCCCACACUAAGAUUGCGGGAGAAGCGUUCGUCGAAUGGCAACGCCAUGCUAUUAUGUUUGAUAAUAAAUUGCGUCUCUCCGCGUAUGCGAUUGCUUAUUGAUAGGGAUUAUAACUAUUUGUGUACUACGAAGGUGGAAGAGGGCAAAUGGUUAUUGUUAAGCAUCUUUACCCAACAUUCUAGAUGCCUUACUGCACAGAAAUUUUACAUACAAGAGGAAAUUACAGAAUCAAACUCCUACGAAGACAAUAAUGAAGUGGAAAAAGGAUUGGUUCUGUGGGGCAAAGAAGAGAGCGUGGUCGAAAGUUUCCACCACUUAUUGGCACUUCUAGCAAGUUAAUUAUGCAUUGUAUUGUUCCAUUCUCUGUCUAUUAAAUUGAAGGGCGGUU